GGGGAGGGGAGCACGGGGCGGAUGGUCUCCGGGAAAAAGCAAAAGGCAGGCGCAGGGUUGCCUCCCGAGGCUCCCCUCGCUUGCACUUCCUCCCGCUUUGCUGAGUGGGGAGUCGCGACCUUCAGGACAGAUGUCCCAGGAUGUGGCGCUGCAGGUUGCUCCAGAACCUGCUGAGGGGAGCAAUGACAUGCUCGGCCUCCCAACAGCCCAGCUUCACAACCUUAUUUCCAUUAGCCGUCCAUUGGCACCAUACAGCCUCCAAGUCUCUGAAUUGUGCUUGGCAGCAACGCGAAGAUCAUUUUGAACUGCAAUAUGCGAACACCGUGAUGCGCUUUGAUUACGUGUGGCUUCGAGACCACUGCCGCUCCGCAUCGUGCUACAACUCCAAGACCCACCAGCGCAGCCUGGACACUGCCAGUGUAGACUUAUGCAUCAAGCCAAAGACCAUUCGUCUGGAUGAGACCACACUCUCUUUCACUUGUGACAUUCAAGUGUUUCACUGUCUUAAGCAUGAAGGAACAGGUGGCAGGACACUGCUGGUUGAUGGCUUCUAUGCAGCAGAACAGGUACUUCAAAAGGCACCUGAGGAAUUUGAACUCCUCACCAAAGUGCCAUUGAGGCAUGAAUAUAUUGAAAAUGUUGGAGAAUGUCACAACCACAUGAUUGGAGUUGGGCCAGUCUUAAAUACCUACCCAUGGAAUAAAGAGCUCUAUUUGAUCAGAUACAACAACUAUGACAGAGCUGUCAUCAGUACUGUACCUUAUGAUGUUGUCCAUCGUUGGUAUAUAGCACACCGGACCCUGACAAUAGAGUUGAGGAGACCUGAGAAUGAGUUUUGGGUCAAACUAAAGCCUGGAAGGGUUCUAUUUAUAGACAACUGGCGUGUCCUACAUGGCAGGGAAUCCUUCACUGGCUAUCGCCAACUCUGUGGCUGCUAUUUAACAAGGGAUGAUGUAUUAAACACUGCUCGUCUCUUGGGGCUUCAGGCUUAAAAUUGACAGCAUUAGGAUUAUGAACACCUGCCACCCUGUCUACCAGAAUUUCAUAUCAACAGAAUAAUGUUGUGUCAAUACCUACUUCAAAUUAUCUCUUUAUCUAAUCACACAAAACAGAAGUUGCAGCUAGAUCAGUUAGAAAGGAACGCAUUUUAGGAAUAACAAAGCCUUUAUAAAGCAGCAAUUUGCAAAAUGUUUGGUCUUAGGACAUGUUAACACUAUUAAAAGGUGUUACUUGGA